AUGAGUCAUUCAGAAGAUCGUCUUACAUUUAUCAAACUGAAAAAUAAACGCUUACCAGCAGAUUUGGAUUAUCUUACUUGUGAAUUAUUAUCUCUUGAAGAAGCGAUGAAUGAAUUACAAGGUGUUUUAGAAGACAUAAAUCGUUUUGUUAAAGAAGCGAAAAAACAUUGUACAUAUCCAAAUGAUCAUAACUUAACAAAAGAUGAAUCUGCUGCAAUUUAUAUUUAUACAAUGGAAAUUUCUGAUAACUCAAGUAUUUAUCGAAUUUUAAAUCAAAUACUUCGUCUAGAAGAUCGAUCAGAAGUUCGUCCAUGGUUUGGAUAUUUAAAACUUUUAGAUUCUGCAACAUCGAAAUUACCUAAAAUCAAAGGAAUUGUUUGGCGUGGAAUUGAUAAAGAUGUUAUUAAGAGUUUUAAAAAAGGUCAACGCAUUACUUGGUGGAGUAUAAGUUCAUGUUCAACAUCUGUUGAUAUUAUUUCUUCAUUUAUUAACAAAUCUUCUUCAAGUACAAUGUUCCAGAUCGAAUGUUUAAAUGGAAAAUCAAUUUCAUCAUAUACAUGUUAUCCAAAUGAAAAUGAAAUUAUUUUAAUGCCUGGAACAAUGUUUGAAGUUGUAUCUAAUCCAUUAAGUCAUCAUGGUGGAUUAAAUAUUAUUCAUUUAAAAGAAAUUAAUGAUGAUGAUGAUGAUGAAGAAGAAGAAGAAGAAGAAGAAGAAGAAGAACUACCUAGACCACCAAAUCCAAAGGAAGUUAACCAAAUGGAACCAAAUGGGUCAACCGCUUUGCAUGUAGCUGCAUAUCGAGGACAUGAAAAAAUUGUUGAACUACUAUUAAAGAAAGGUGCUUCUUAUUCAACAGUUAAUAGAUAUAAUUCUACUCCACUAGCUGAAGCUAAAACCGAUAAAAUAAAACAAUUGAUUCGUCGUCGUAUGAAUAAGACUCGUUUUGUCAGUGAUUCUCUUGAAUGGAUUAUUUCUACAAAUGAUGCAGAUUAUCAAUCACAUGAAUAUUUCAAAAAAUUGGAAAUUUAUGGUAAAGAUCCACACUUUCCUCGAUUAAUUAUUUACAUAAAAGAAAAUUAUCUUAAUAAGGAUCUGCAACAUGUGGAUGAUAUCAACACAAUAAAAGAAUAUUUUGAUCUUGCAAUAAACAAAAAAGAUCCCACUUAUUUAUUACAAGCAUAUACAGCUGAAACUGGUUUUUAUUCUACACUUAAUCUUCAUUUGGCACAAUUAAAACUCGAAAAUUUAACUAUUACAGAGAAUCUUAGUCGAGCAUAUUAUAUUGGAAUAAUUGCUCGUCACCCGAAAUUCAGUAGUUUGUCAUAUACUGGAACAACAUAUCGAGGUAUGAUGAUUACUGAGGAUGAUAUAAAACAGUAUAAGAUAGGCACUCGCAUUUUAACAAAAACAUUUUCGUCAUCAUCGAAACAAUUGAAUAUAGCAUCAAGAUUUCUUAAUAGCAAUCGCGAUGUAAAUGAUCGAUUAAGCACAAUAUGUAUUUAUGAAAUACGUAAUCAAAGAACUGCAUUAGAUAUUGAAAAUAUAUCAUUAUUUCAAGAUGAAAAAGAAGUUCUAAUUUUACCAUAUUCAGCAUUCAAAAUAAUCGACAUUAAACAGAAUAAAGACAAAUCACCAAGAAUUGAAAUUAAACUAAAAGAAUGUGAGCCAUGGUAG